AUGCUUCGGGGAGAGGGCCGCACUGCACACGGCGCCUUCUAGUUCCGUUCCAGCCAGCUCUCGCCCCAAGAGCAAGAAGCGCGAUGCCGCCGCCGCCGCCGUCCUCCUCUUCCUCCCUCCGCGACCUGCUCGCGCGGGAGUGCUCCGAGCUCCCCGAGCCCGCCGCCGCGCCGUGCCGCACGGUGUCGAGCAGGCACGGUGCCGACGACGCGGUGGGCACGGUGGUGUCGAUGCUUUCCGGGUACGCGGGGCGGUUCUCCAAGGACGCGGAGUUCCGGCGGGCGCUCCGGGAGAAGUGCGCACCCUGCCUCGCGCCCGCGGGGGAGGCGGCAGCGAAGGAGCACGCCGUGCUGCUGGCCGACCUCGAGCUGGCCAUCGAGAGCAUCGAGCGCCUCGCCGACGCCUCCCCGUCCCCGCGGGACUCCAAGAUCCGCUCGCUUCGCAACUCCAUCCGCCUCCUCGGCGUCGUCGCCGCGCUCCACGCGCCGCCAGGUCCCGCCGACUCUGGCGAGGGUGACGCCCGCGGGGUGCCCAGCUCCCACCUCUCCGCGUGCGCGCAGCUCUACCUCGCCGUCGUGUACAAGAUGGAGAGCGACCCCCACCUCGCGGCGCGCCACCUCCUCCAGGUGUUCGUCGACGCGCCCCACCUGGCCCGCAAAACCCUCCUCCCGGACCUCUGGGCCCACGUCUUCCUCCCCCAUCUGCUCCAUCUCGAGGUCUGGCUCGCCAAUGAGUCCGAGCUCGUCGCCGGCUGCGACGGCGGCGACGCCGACGGCCGGAGCAGCAGGAGGAUGAAGACCCUGCAGAGGCUGUACGACGACCAAAUGGACAGCGGCACUGCUCAGUUCGCAAUGUACUACAAGGAGUGGCUCAAACACGGCGGCGAUGCCCCGCCCGCCACCCCCUCCGUGCCAUUGCCUUCGACGCCGUGGAGUUUCGACAAGUGGGAGAAGCACUCGUCGUCACUGCGCACGAGCUCCAUCAACAGAAAUCUGUACAAUGCCGUUUUUGGCAUCUCGUUUGAGCAGGAGGAUGCGAAGCUGCCUGAUGAGGCCGAAUAUGUCUUGGAUAUGGAUGUGCAAUUGGAUGAAAAUCCAGGUAGCUUGAAGAUGGAGAAGCUUGCUCAUAGAAACAUUGGGCUACAAGAAAAGCAAUCCAGCAUUCGGAAAGAAAGCACUAUUCCAGAAACAGCACCAACUCCACGCAAAUCCUACUCGCUCCGAUUACUCUCAUGCCGUGGAGAUGUAAGCAGGAAUGUUAUUAAUCACCCUAAGGUCCCGAAGAGAAAUGUCUCUGUUGAGAAAGAGCUAGAUUGCAGUGAGGUAGCAGUGACUCUACAACGAGCAGUUUCCACUGUAUCAAAUUCAGACAGUCUUACACAGUGCGAAUACGCCGUGCACGAAAUCGCCAGUGCAUGUUCAAAUCUAGGAGGGGGUCCUAAUCUUGGAACUUGGAUGUCAUGUCCCUCUUUUAUUCAAGGGCUUCUCGAGGUCACAUUCACUUCCAAAGAUGAUGCAGUACUUGAGUCAGCAAUCUUGAUAAUGGGAGAGCUGGUUUUGAGAAAUGAGGUCAAUAGGCAGAUCGUUCUUAACGCUGACCCACAGCUUGAGGUUUUCUUGAGGCUUCUGGCUCUGAGAAGCAACGGGUUGUUUCUGAAGGCAACUGCGGUGCUUUAUUUAAUGAAGCCAAGAGCCAAGCAGAUGCUAUCUAUGGACUGGAUGCCACUAGUACUGCACAUAUUGGAGUGUGGGGAUGAGGUGCAGCUUCUGUCUUCCCUGAAGUGUUAUCCAAAGAUAGCUGCAUUCUACUUUCUAGAUCAGCUCCUUACGGGGUUUGACAUCGACAGAAAUGUCGAGAAUGCAAAACAGAUGAUUGCUCUGGGUGGUUUGGACCUGCUCAUGAGCAGACUUGAAGUUGGUGAUGCCCGUGAAAGCAGAAUCUGCAUCUCUCUCUUGACCUCAUGCGUCCAAGCCGAUGGCAGCUGUAGAUACUACUUGGCUGAUAAUCUGAAGAAGGAGCCUCUCGUUCAACUUCUUGUAGGAAAUCAGAAGAAGGCUAGUGCUGCUGCCCUUAACUUGAUGAGCGAACUAACCUGCCUUAACAGAACAUGCCAGACGGUAGAGUUCCUCAAGGAGCUGAAAAAUGGUGGCUGCUUAAAUACAAUGCAAAUUCUAUUGGUCUAUCUCCAGCAGGCUCCUCCUGUCCAACAUCCAUUAGCAGCUGUCAUGCUACUUCAGCUUGAUCUACUGGGAGAUCCUUUGCAGUACAGCGUUUACCGAGCGGAAGCGAUUGAUGCUAUUAUGGCUGCCUUGGAGCAUAGUUCACAGAGCGUAAAGGUGCAAGAACAGUGCGCUCGAGCUCUGUUGCUCCUGGCAGGGCGGUUUUCAUCCUCGGGAGAACCCAUAGCAGAAGCAUGGCUACUAAAGAGAGCAGGCGUAGAUGGCUCCCUGUCGGAAUCCUUUAGAAGAACAGAGAUUUUCAAAAAUAAGGGUGCACGAGCGGAAGAAGAGAAGGUGGUUGAAGAGCGGCUGAAGAAACUCGCCCUCGUGCUGGUAAAAACCGGGAACAAACGGUUCCUUGCGGCGCUGUCAAACUGUAUAUCUGAUGGAAUCCCUGCUUUGGUCAGAGCAUGCCUCGUAACCGUAGCGUGGAUGAGCAGCUCCCUCUCCCCAUUGCAUGGAUGCAACACUUUCCAGCCUUUGGCGUGCUCCGUUCUCGCUGCUAAGCUUCUAGAUAGGUUGAGCUAUGACACAGUUAUGGAAGAAAGGGUGCUCGCUGCUCUAUCACUGUUGAAUCUUGUGAGACAUCCAGAAUGCUUGGAGGGGCUUUUGCCACUGAAGAGGGACACGACGGAGUCGUUGCGUGACCUGGCAGAUGUGACGUGGACCGCCAAGGAGCUCCUCUUUGCCUGCUGCAGAUGACAGACCCUAUCUGAAGAGGGAAUUGCUUCUCAGUGCAUACCAGUAUGGAAGAAGUGUAGCGAUGGGUCACAACUAAGUGUAAUUUUGCCCGUUUUUGUACACAUUUCUUUUCUUGAUUUGUAAAGCCUCAGAUUUUUAUUUCCCUUGGAACACAUAUAUGUUUUCUC